AUGAAUGGAAAACCAACGUUGGCCUACAGUCCGGCAAAAGCGGGAUUAGAUAUGUUGACUCGAGUACUGGCACUGGAGUUGGGUCCUAAAGGCAUUCGUGUCAAUACUUUGAAUCCUGGUGCUACUGAUGUGACCAAACCAGGCAUGAAUAAUGAUAUAAUCAGUGCGACACCAUUGAGACGUAUUGGUGAACCCCUGGACAUCGCCAAAGGUGUGGUAUUCCUGGCCUCAAUAAGCGCAGACUUCCCGAUAGAACAGUAUAAAGAUGUGAUAAAUUCGCGAAACUUUACGGGAAAAGUAGUGUUAAUAACGGGUUCGAGUUCGGGAAUCGGUGAGUAUAAAGAUGUGAUAAAUUCGCGAAACUUUACGGGAAAAGUAGUGUUAAUAACGGGUUCGAGUUCGGGAAUCGGUGAGGGAAUCGCCAAACUAUUCUCAAUAUUAGGCGCUAAUGUUGUCGUCACCGGAAGGAAAGCCACAGAAGUUCAAAGAGUGGCCAAAGAAGUGUUGGAAUUAUCACCAAAAAAGCUAAAGCCGUUAGAAGUUGUGGGAGAUUUGACUAAAACAGAGGACGUGACAAAACUGGUGGACAAUACUAUUAAAACAUUUGGUAAAUUAGAUGUAUUGGUCAAUAACGCCGGUAUAUAUCCCGAGUCCAACAUUACAAUGAAAAACUUAAUGGAAGUCUGGGACCAGACAUUCAAUAUCGACUUGAGAGCCAUUGUAAACCUUAUCCAUCAAUCUGUUCCACAUCUGGAGAAGACUAACGGAACUAUUAUUGAUAUCUCAAGUAUUGAUGGCAUUGUACCGAAUGUGUAUGGGUUGGCUUACAGUCCAGCCAAAGCGGGAUUAGAUAUGUUGACUCGAGUACUGGCACUAGAGUUGGGACCCAAAGGCAUUCGUGUCAAUACUUUAAAUCCCGGUCUUAUCAAUGUAUCCAAACUUGGUUUGGCUAACGAUGACAUCGAUAGAACACCGUUGGGACGUAUUGGCCAACCCCUGGACAUCGCCAAAGUGGUGGUAUUCCUGGCCUCAAUGAGCGCAGACUUCCCGAUAGAACAGUAUAAAGAUGUGAUAAAUUCGCGAAACUUUACGGGAAAAGUAGUGUUAAUAACGGGUUCGAGUUCGGGAAUCGGUGAGGGAAUCGCCAAACUAUUCUCCAUAUUAGGCGCUAAUGUUGUCGUCACCGGAAGGAAAGCCGCAGACGUCCAGAGAGUGGCCAAAGAAGUGCUGGAAUUAUCACCAAAGAAACUGAAGCCGUUAGAAGUUGUGGGAGAUUUGACUAAAGCAGAAGACGUGACAAAACUGGUAGACAAUACUAUUAAAACAUUUGGUAAAUUAGAUGUAUUGGUCAAUAACGCCGGUAUUUAUCCCGAAUCCACUAUUGAUAUGAAAAACCUAAUGGAAGUUUGGGAUCAGACAUUCAAUAUUGACUUAAGAGCAGUCGUACAACUCAUUCAUCAAUCGGUUCCACAUCUGGAAAAAACUAACGGAACUAUUAUUGAUAUAUCGAGUAUCGCAGGCAUAAGACCGGGUGCUUACGCUCUGGCAUACUGUGCGGCUAAAGCGGGGUUGGAUAUGUUGACUCGAGUACUGGCUCUAGAGUUGGGACCCAAAGGCAUUCGUGUCAAUACUUUGAAUCCCGGUGUUACCGAUGUAUCCAAAUCUGGUUUGUCUAAUGAUGUGAUCGAUGAAACACCGUUGAGACGUUUGGGUGAACCCCUGGACAUCGCCAAAGGGGUGGUAUUCCUGGCCUCAAGUGAUGCUAACUUUAUAACCGGUGCCAAUUUGGUAGUCGAUGGCGGACUCAUCUAUAACUUUACUUUCACUAAAUAUUCCUAUAAAACAAUAAUGACUUUGAAAUUCAUUAUAAUAUUAGCGUUGAUAUCGAUAGUGAGCGCAGACUUCCCGAUAGAACAGUAUAAAGAUGUGAUAAAUUCGCGAAACUUUACGGGAAAAGUAGUGUUAAUAACGGGUUCGAGUUCGGGAAUCGGUGAGGGAAUCGCCAAACUAUUCUCCAUAUUAGGCGCUAAUGUUGUCGUCACCGGAAGGAAAGCCGCAGACGUCCAGANUUCGGGAAUCGGUGAGGGAAUCGCCAAACUAUUCUCCAUAUUAGGCGCUAAUGUUGUCGUCACCGGAAGGAAAGCCGCAGACGUCCAGAGAGUGGCCAAAGAAGUGCUCGAAUUAUCACCAAAGAAACUGAAGCCGUUAGAAGUUGUGGGAGAUUUGACUAAAGCAGAGGACGUGACAAAACUGGUGGACAAUACUAUUAAAACAUUUGGCAAAUUAGAUGUAUUGGUCAAUAACGCCGGUAUAUAUCCUCUGACAUCCAUUGAAAUGACAAAUUUGAUGGAAGUAUGGGAUCAGACAUUCAAUAUUGACUUAAGAGCAGUCGUACAACUCAUUCAUCAAUCGGUCCCACAUCUGGAGAAAACUAACGGAACUAUUAUUGAUAUAUCAAGUAUUCUAGGCCUACAACCGGGGUUACCUUAUUUGUCGUACAGUCCGGCCAAAGCAGCCUUAGAUAUGUUAACACGAGUGUUGGCACUAGAGUUGGGUCCCAAAGGCAUUCGUGUCAAUACUUUGAAUCCCGGUGCUACGGAUGUGACCAAAUCGGGUGCUAAUGAUGUCCCGGGAAGCACACCUUUAAGACGAUUUGGUCAACCCCUGGACAUCGCCAAAGGGGUGGUAUUUCUGGCCUCAAGUGAUGCCAACUUUAUAACCGGUGCUAAUCUGGUAGUAGACGGCGGACUUGUCUAUAACAUUGGAGCACUUUUUGUAAACGCAAAUCCAAACGACUUUCCUAUCCAUGACUACGAGGAUGUGAUGCACUCGAGAAACUUCACGGGAAAGGUAGUGGUAGUGACCGGUUCCUGUCAGGGCAUCGGCCAGAGUGUUGUCAAACUAUUCUCCAUAUUAGGCGCUCAUGUGGUCAUCACCGGUAGGAAUGAAACAGUUGUCAAAGAGGUGGCCAAAGAAGUGCAACAGUUAUCGCCGUAUAAAUUGAAGCCUCUGAAUGUGACAAUGGAUUUCUCCAAAAGUGCUGAUCUGAAGGAACUCAUAGCAAAGACAGCGAAACAUUUCGGUAAAAUAGAUGUGUUGGUCAAUGCGGUGGACAUCAGUCCCGACGCAGACAUCUGGCGACCAAACCUAUUAACAGUAUGGGAUCAAGUGUUUAAUGUUAACCUCCGGGCCGUCGUUGAGCUUAUCCAUCACGCGGUGCCACAUCUCGUGAAGACAAAGGGAACCGUUAUUAACGUAUCGACCAUCGGAGCGAUCGCACCUCUCGGCCCAUAUCUGGCCUACGGUUCGGCCGAAGCGGCACUCGAUAUGUUGGGCCGAGUGUUGGCACUGGAAUUGGGGCCCAAAGGAGUGCGUGUGAACACAAUCAAUCCGGGACUCAUAGUAACCGAAUGCGAGGAUUGUGUUGAGCCGACGGCCGGAGAAAUGGAUUAUUUGGAGAAAAUAACGCCAUUAAGAAGAUUAGGGGAACCGUUAGAUGUGGCCAAAGGGGUGGCAUUCCUGGCCUCCACUGACGCGCAGUUCAUAACGGGAACUAAUUUGGUGAUCGACGGCGGACUUGUCUAUAAUUAUGCCGCUAUUCUUCAGUCACAUUAAGCGCUAAAACGAGU